GCCUCCCGCGCUGGCCUGGCGCUUGUUGCGCCCUGCGUUCCUCGAGAGCCAGCGGGCGCAGGUCGGGUCCAGUUCAUGGUUCUCCAGAAUGACAGCUCCCAAGAUUGACGUAGACCAGGUAGUUGGACCAACAGCCAUUAAGACUGUCAGAAGCCCAGCUCUGGGUCCAUCUGUGAACAGGAUGUGAAACAGGCUGACCCAGAAAGCCCUGCCUUCCAGCACCCAGCCUGCCUGCUAGAAUGUUCCUAAUGAACGCCCCUCCAGUGGUGGCGCUCCAGUCCAGAUGGGAGGCCUUUGGCCAGCCCAGAAACUUCUGCUUUCCUGACUGCUUCUCCGAGUCUAGAGAGGACACCUCCAGGGCCUCAGUGAGUGCCAGGGUACAGAUGCUCAUCAACACGCUGCAGAGAGACGAGGCUGCCCUGGGCACGAGCCAUGAACACGUCACGCAGAGAGGCCAGCGUGCGGAGAGGUGCCGGGACAGCAGGCUAGCCCAGAAGCCUGCUGUGUGCAGAGAGCGGCCAGAGUUCCCUGCCUGUGGUCUUGUUGCAAACUGUGGCCCUCUGGAGAAAAAUGAAGCUGAGAGGCAUGGUCCCUUGGAGCCAGAUUGUGACAGUGACGACUCAGUGGACCGGGACAUCGAGGAGGCUAUCCAAGAGUACCUGAAGGCGAAGGGUGGGGCUUCUGAGCCUGUGUCCCAAGGCGCCCUCUGUGUCCCAGAGCCUGCCCACAGCAGUGCCCUGCCUAUCCCAUGUCCCCCACAGCUCAGUCCUGUCUCAGGUAGUGUUCCUGCGGAAGCCAGUGAGGACCAGGGCUCCACCUCCCCAGCUAGCAUGAGCAGCGAGGACUCCUUUGAACAGAGCAUCCGAGCUGAAAUAGAACAGUUCCUCAGUGAGAAAAGACAACAUGAAACCCCGAAGUGUGAUGGGUCUGUGGACAAAAAAUCAGACCCAAACGAAAGCCAUGCCACACCUAGGGGGAACCAAGAGACCUCAGCCAGGGCAGCUCCGAUAGGACCCUGUAAGGAGUUCAUCUUCCGAAAACCUCCCCGGUUAGCAAAGAUGAACUCGCAGCCCAGAAACUUCCGGCCUAAGGUCUCCACAGAGCCUGAGGCCCCUGGGAGCACAAAGCUGACGGCCCACAGGCCUGAGGCUGCACACACCAGGGGUGGAGUGAGGAGGAGCAUGCCUGCCAGGCGCAGCAAGCGCAUCAGGAACUUAGCUCCAGUGCACCAGGCGUCUGACUCCAGCAGCGAUGAUGGCAUUGAGGAGGCAAUCCAGCUAUACCAGCUAGAGAAAACCAGGAAGGAGGCCAGUGGGGACCCGCCUCCUAGAGCCCAGCCAAGAGAUGAGAGCCCUGGCAGCAGCCAGCCAAGUGCCUUGCCUGAAGCCCACAGGAGAGCCCCUGGCAAGAAAAAGCUGGCAGUUCCAAAGGUUAUGGGCACCGACAUGGGAGGUCUCCACCCUGACCCCAUCUCCAAGCUCCUAAAGGAUGCAAGAGCCUCUGUACCUUCAGGACACACAGCUGCCAAGAGUGACACUGUGCACCAGGCCUCAUGCCUAGCAGACACGUCCACUGAGCUGAUGUGUGCAGAAGCGAUCCUGGACAUUUCUAAGACCAUCUUGCCCGCCCCCAUGGAAGGCAGUGACAGGUCUCCAUCCAUGAAUCCACUCUUCUGUCCCCGGCCCGUGCCUGCCCGAUCUGAAGGUGACAGCAGCAACGUUGACAGUGAUGACAGCAUAGAACAGGAGAUCCGGACAUUUUUGGCCCUCAAGGCACAAGCAGGGAGUCCUCAGCCUGCCCAGGGCCAGCUGUCCUCACCUGGCCCCAGUGGCCAGCCUGGCAUCCCCAAGGCCCCUCUUCCUAAAACACCAGAUCCGCCUCCAGGCUGCAAGCGGAAACGGAGAGGUGGAGGCAGCAGUACAGUGCCCAAGAAAAUAAGGGAGGGUAGAGAGAGUGCCCAGGACAGUGACUAUAUCCAGGGGAGGUUGCAGCCUGGCCGUGAUGGGUGGGACCCUCUCAAAGUCACAGAGGCCGCAGGAGGGGAGGCUGAGGCCAAGGACCAGCCCGUCACCUCCAGGACAGUUGGACUUAGUGACACGCACCUAUCCCAAGGCCGUGGGGGCCUCACGGCAAAGACCGGCGAGGGGAAGAGUGCUGGCGGGGAGAAGGACAGCUCCGAGGAUAAGAGCAGCUCUCUGGACAGUGACGAGGACCUGGACAUGGCCAUCAAGGACUUGUUAAGAUCCAAGCGGAAGUUCAAGAAGAGGUGCCGAGAGACCCGGGCUGCUUGUAAGAAGGUCAGGUUUGGCACCGCAGAGUCUCGGUGUGGGGAGAAGCUGAGCAGCCCUCCCAGGGACUGGAGGGACCAUGGGCAGCAGGCACCACGAGGCUGUCCGGCCAAGUGCAGAGGGGAGAACAGAGACAGCCCGGGAAGAAGCCCAGGCAGCAUCUUCAGCAGUGUGGCUGAGAAGGUGACGCAGGGUGGCACAGGGGGUGAGGAUGCAGGCCCCACCUUUCUUCCCAGGAGGAAAAAUCCAGAAGGGGCUCCCACCUCUAAGGACGUAGGAGCCAGUGGCUGCCCUCCCUCAGCCUCUGACCCACUGUCUGAGGACAGCUCAGUGGACAGUGAUGACAGCAUUGAGCUAGAGAUCAGGAGGUUUUUGGCCGAAAAGGCCAAGGAGUCUGUACGCAGCUCAGAACCUCAAGGGGGCCCUGCCAAGCCAGAGAUGCCCUACAGGAAAGAGCCAACCCCGGGGUUGCAGCCUGGAGUGUGCACACGGAGCCAGAAAGCCAGGGGAACCCCUCAGCCAGCUGAAGGAAGGAGAGGCCCGGAGAGAGCUCGGACACAGGCAGCCAGCCACUUGAGCCAGACUGGGAGGGGCACUGCCCGUGCCGAGCAGCCCACCCGCCUCCCCACCGUCCUGGGCCGAAGCGAGCCAGCACUACCCAAGAGCACCAGCAGGAACAGCUGUGCCAAAGCAUCUUCACCAAGGAGGAAAAGUAUUAGCCUUCACAAAGACCACAGCCCACGAGGAAUCCAGACUGCCACCGCCGAAAGUGUUUUCAGUCAGCUUCCCAGUUGUGCCAAAGUGGGUGCCGAGGCUGUAAGUGCCAGGGGGACGUUUCACCUGAACUAUGGAAGUCAGAACUUGCUGACCCCCAGCCCUGGACCCCAGGCUGACCUCACCCUCCCUUGGAGUGACUUUGCACACCAGAGCAGGCUUCCCAGUCCUUGGGCACUGAACUCAGGUCAAGGCACAGUGUGGACAGGGGUCUUCCGGGGUGAGAAGGAAAAGGGGGCCACACCACAGGCUGGGGCCCCACCCAGCCUCUCCUCAGGCCCCAGAAAGAGCCUGCCUUUCCUCUCCACCCAGCUGUUCCACUUCGGGAAGAGUGUCUCCUGGGGGGCCAAGCAGGCUGGCCUCUUCAGCCCUAACCUGUCCCUGCCUCUGCAGGGCCCAGCGUUCUCUGCCUUCAGGGAGACACAGCCCGGCCACAACCCUGUAUUUGGAAGCCCACACUUGCUUAUGAAGGACAGUGGGCCCUGGCCAAGCCGGAAGGCUCAGGGGGCCCUGAGACAGCAGGACAGGAGGAAUUCUGGCUCCGAGGACAAUGUCCUAGACCUGAGAUACCGGCACAGGGUUGACAGGGAACACCAGGACCAGGAGGCUUUGGGCAGUGAUGCCAGUGAAUUCAGUGACACUUCCAUGGAGGAUGGGGGCAGUGCCACAGUGAGCAGUAAAGGCCUCAAGUUGUGACAGGUGUGUCAUGGCUCUCGUCAUAGCUGUGAGAAGCAGUGUUCAUACUGUGUCCUUGUGCACACCUGCCUCUGUGUGUGUGUAUCUGUCUGUCU